UCGGUCGUUCGGUCAGUCAGUCAGGCAGCUGCUGUUCUUCACACACACACACAGGUCUGAAUGGUGAAAGGAAGAUAAAACCGGCUACAAAAUCGCCUUUUACAGCGGAAUGUUCACUCGAAGGGUUUAUGGAGACGUCAAGAAAUCUACACAGAAAGUUCUGGACCCAAAGAAGGAUGUUUUCACGCGUUUGAAGCAUCUACGCGCGCUGUUAGAUAUUAUUGACAGGAAUGAACUGAGGCUAUUCUUUGAAACCAACUGCUCACAGAUUUAUUUUAUCUUCUAUGAAAAUUUCAUUACACUGGAAAGCAACUUAAAGCAAAAAGGGAACAAAUCUCAACGGGAGGAGCUGGACUCCAUCCUCUUUAUUUUUGAAAAAAUUCUUCAACUUCUACCUGAGAAAAUCAACAGUCGAUGGCAGUUUCACAGUAUAGGGUCUAUACUCAAAAAACUUUUGCACACUGGAAACUCUUUCAAGAUCCACUGUGACGGCAUGCGUCUGUUCCUGCUCUGGCUAGAAGCUCUGCAGAGCAACUGUGCAGAAGAGCAGCUUCUCAUUUUCGCCUGCCUGAUCCCAGGAUUCCCUGCUGUUGCCUCAUCCAGAGGACCCUGCACACUGGACACCAUCAUUUACAACCCCUUUUCCAACCCGCCUGACGCCAAGAUUGUGCCGGAGGAGAUCACCCCACUGGUGCCUGCGGUUCCGGGAGAGAAGGUGGCAGACGACCACACCUGUUCUGUGCUUCAGAUUGUGCUCAAGUUCAUGGUUCUCCAGGCAUCCAGCUUGGACUGGAAAAACAAAGAGAACCAGGACACAGGCUUCAGAUUUCUCUUUUCCCUGUUCAAGAAGUACUACCUGCCUCAUCUCUUCCCUUCUUUCACAAAACACACCAACCUCUACAAGCCACAAUUAGAUCUUCCCAUUCACAGACCAAAGCCCCUCUACAUCCAAGUGAUGCGCAACAGCGAGAGUACAUACUGCACUAGGGAUCAGUACCUGGCUCCCCGCGUGGCCUUCAUCACGUGGCUUGUGAACUUCUUCCUGGAGAAGAAGUAUGUGAACUCGGCCACGAGCAGCUCUAAGAAUGGAGGAGAGGUCCUUCCUAAGAUUAUCCAGACUGUGACUGCGGGCGGCAUCAGUCAGGAGAAGAGCGCAGACACCGAGUCCAACGGUCCUGUGGAGCAGGAGAAGAACCACUCGAACAGCAGCACGCUCUCUGAUCGCAGGGGCAGCAACUCCAGUGUGUGUAGCAUCGAGGAGGAGCAUCGAGGCGUCUACGACAUGGUGCAGUCCAUCCUGCUCUCCACACGGGACAAUGUCAAUUUCGUCAACGAGGUCUUCCAUCAGGCUUUCCUGCUGCCGUCCUGUGAAGCCUCAGCCACUCGCAAGGUGAUCAAAGUCUACAGGAAGUGGAUUCUUCAGGAUAAACCCACAUUCAUGUCUGAGCCUGAGACGACAAGCCAGGAGGAAGAUGGAGAGGAAGAACAGCUGGUCUCCGAGACGGACAAUGUGCUUGUGGAGGUGCUGGAGCCUCAUGGGCACAAGCGAUCGUCCAGCUGGGGGCGCACAUACUCCUUCAGCAGCGCCAUCAGCAGAGGCUGUCUGACUGAAGAACAGAACCAGGACGUCAAGGCUGGGGUCCAGUCCACUCUGCAGGUGUUCCUGACCAACUCUGCCAACGUGUUCCUGUUGGAGCCAUGUCAGGAUGUGCCCAAACUGCUGGAGAACCAGUUGGAGGCGUGCCGUGCGGUGCUCAGCGUCUACCGGCACAUUAUCAUGGAGCAGAACAUGAACCGCCAGACCUGGGAGCAGUUGCUGCAGGUGUUGCUGAGGAUCACUGAGGCAGUGAUGAAGAGACCACAGGAGAACCAAAGAAAAGACUCGUUCGCUCACAGCCUGGCCAGCAUCCUCUUCAAAACGAUCUUUGUGGCGUGGGUGCGGGCCAACCUGACGGUGUUUAUAUCUCGUGAGCUGUGGGACGACCUGCUGGCUGUGCUGUCGUCUCUCAGCCACUGGGAGGAGCUGGUGUUCGAGUGGGCCAGCAUCAUGGACUCUCUCACUGCGGUGCUGGCCCGUUACGUCUACGGCCUCGAACUCCACAACCUGCCGCUCGACAAACUCUCAGAGCAGAAGAAAAAGAAGCAGCGUGGCAGAGGAGUGGUGCAGGACUCCCAGAAGUCAGCAGACACCGGGCGGACCUUCUCUUUGAGCUGGAGGACCUCUGAGGAGCAGAGCGGCACUCAGGAGCCCAUGAGGAUUCGCAGCGCCACCACCACUGGAGCUCCUGCGGUGGAGAAAGCUCGCAACAACGUCAGGCAAAAAGCUUCAGCUAAGCGAAGUCAGUCUAUCAGCAACUGUGUGCAUCUUUGUGAGGCUUUGCCGGCCACUAAGACUGUGCCCAUGCUCCUCCACACUGUCAGCUCUUUCUUACCUGGUAUCUCUCACAACUCUCACUGCUCUCACAGACUCUCAGACGUGGAGGAGUGUCAGCUGUCGGAGUGUGAGAUGGGGGAUGGAGACAGUCCUCUGCCCCGCAGUAGCAGCACCUCUGACAUCACACAGCAGAUCAACGACACCUUCCCAGGUCAGAAGAGAGAUGAGUCUGCAGAGACGAGCAGAACGUGUGUGUCAGAGAGCAGCUCUACUGGGAAAAGAGAGAGCGACGCUCCCAUGAUUCUGAUCCGGCGGAGCAGCAGUCCAGCAGAUCUGGAUUAUCCAGGAGAGGGAGCUCCAACAUUCCUGAAAAAUAAACUGCGGGAGAAAAGUGAGAGUGUGAGCAGCGAGGCGUCUAACGGCUAUCUGAACGACGCGGAGGUGGGUCUGCUGGCGUGGCAUGCGGUCGAGGAGGAGCCGGACUCUCCCUCUACUCAUGACAUGAGUGUCACGGCGGAUACAGUGAGCCAGAGGAGUCUCCUGCUCAGCCACACUGAAGCACUGGCAGGGUCUGAUUGUGCAGCCCUUCCUCACUGUCCCCCAGUGUCUCCGGCUCUCCUCCUGCCUCAUGGCUGCUGUGAGGGCCCUCAGCUCCUGGAGGAUGCCAUGAAUAUGCCUCACCAUCUGGACAGCAGCGAGUUUCUGGCCGAUGAUGUCAGCAUCAUCGCCGGUGGCAGCUUGACCGGUUGGCACGCAGACUCAGCCUUCGUUCUCUGGAGAAGGAUCCUGGGGAUUCUCGGUGAUGUGAACAGCAUCCGCUGUGCCCGUAUCCACGCCAAGGUCUUCAGUUACCUCUAUGAGCUCUGGCACAAGCUGGCCAAGAUCAGAGAUAAUCUAGGGAUCAGAGUGGAUACAGACACAGCCAUGGCCAGACCCUUGUUCUUCCCUCCUCUGCGCAUGCUGGCUUCCUGGCUCUUCAAGGCUACCAUGCUGCCGUCAGAGUUCAAAGCUGGGAAGCUGCAGGCGUAUAAGCUGAUCUGUGAGAUGAUGACCAAACAUCAAGACGUCCUGCCCAACAGUGACUUCCUGGUGCACCUCUACCACGUCAUGCACAAAGGCUUCACCAGCGACGAUCUGGAUGUGUUGAACACGAUGAUUAGGUGGUGUUCUCCACGAUUCUUCUUCCUUGGCCUGCCGGGCUUCACCAUGCUGGUGGGAGACUUCAUCACCGCAGCUGCUCGCGUCCUGAACACAGACUCUUUUGAGGCUCCACGGAUCGAGGCUCAGACGGUUCUUGGUUCGCUGGUGUGCUUCCCUAAUCUGUAUCAACAGAUCCCAUCUUUGCAGUCAGUUCCUGGAUCUGAGGAUAUUGUAGUUGGCAAAGAGGACAUGAAGGACUACCUUGUAAACAUUCUUCUGAAGACUGCACGUAAUGAGACAUGUGAAGGAGCCAGGUGUGUAGCGAUCUGCAGUCUGGGGCUAUGGGUGUGUGAGGAGCUGAGACACACAGAAACACAUCAUCAGGUGAAGGAUGCAAUCAACGUCCUGGGUGUCACACUGAAGUUUGGAAAUAAGGUGGUGGCAAAUGUGGCCUGUGACAUCUUUCAGCUGCUGAUUUCUCACUGGCAGCACUUACAGAGACUGGAGCCGUCCCUUCCCAAAAGAAUCAUUGAGAUUUUUGUAGCAACCAUAGCGUUUCUUCUGCCCAGUGCUGAACACUCAACAGUUGAGGCAGAUAAAAAGUUAAUGGUGUCUCUACUGCUGUGCCUGCUGGACUGGUGCAUGGCCGUACCUCUCUCCAUCCUCCUGGAGCCCAUCACUAUGCCUGUGCUGGAUGACCCCACCUCACAGAAAGCCCCGCUACUCGACUACAUUUACAGGGUGCUGCACACUUGUGUAUCAGGGUCUAACCUACACACUCAACAAAGUCACUACCUCCUCAGCCUUGCUGAUCUGUCGACAGACUACGAACCCUUCCUUGCUCUUGGCAAUGUCAAGAGCUUCGAACCACCCCCCAUACACAAUGUCAUGGGGGACUUUGGAAAUCUCCUCACCGUGGCUGAAGAAAAGAAAAGGAGAAGCAUGGAGCUGAUUCCUCUGACUGCUCGGAUGGUAAUGUCACACCUGGUCAAUCAUUUGGGACACCAUCCUCUCAGCGGCGGCCCUGCUCUUUUAAACAGCCUGGUCAGUGAGAACCACGACAACCCCUACAUAGAGUCUUCCGAACUCUCCUCUGAAGUCUUCAAAAGCCCCAAUCUACAGCUCUUCGUCUUCAAUGACAGCACACUAGUCUCGUACCUUCAGAUCCCCUCUGAUAAUUCCAGCACUGGAAGUGCCAACCCAAGGGAUCAUUCCUCUGAGGUCCGCGUCAUUGUCCGGGACAUCUCGGGAAAGUACUCGUGGGACGGCGGCGUUCUCUUCUGCACUUUGGAUGGAUCUGGCUUGAGCUCCAGUGGCAGUAGAGAUCAGUCGUCUCAUGACGCCGGUCUCUCUGAAAAGCAGAGCUCCGUCCGCUCCAGUAAAUGCUCCUCUGAGUUGGAAGUGGAGGAUGGCGUGGAUGUGUUGGACCAGCUACUGGAAGAUCUCGGCCACAGCAGCCCCGAGUGCCUCCCGCAGCCCCAGCUGAGGCUCACACAGCCCCCCGCUCCACCCAUGGGCAUGAACCCUGAGAUGGAAGGCCUCAUCAUGGAUGCCAUCCACAGACAGACGAAGCAAGAGGAUGAGGAGCUGAUGUGGAGGCAGAGUGAAGACCCCAGCAUCAGAGCAGAGACACAGAGAGAGCCCACACACCAGGAGCCAAAAUCCCCCUUUUACCUCUGCAGACUUCUUCUCAACGACCUCGGCAUGAACUCAUGGGAUCGCAGAAAGAACUUUCAUCUUCUAAAGAAGAACUCCAAGCUCUUGAGAGAGCUGAAGAAUUUGGACUCAAGGCAGUGUCGAGAGACGCACAAGAUUGCUGUGUUCUACAUUGGAGAAGGCCAAGAGGACAAAUGCUCCAUUCUGUCCAACACCGAAGGCAGUCAGGCGUACGAGGACUUUGUCUCUGGGCUGGGAUGGGAGGUGAAUCUGGCCACUCACUGUGGGUUUAUGGGGGGUUUGCAGAGGAAUGGCAGCACCGGAAACACAGCGCCAUACUACGCUACUUCCAACGUGGAGGUCAUCUUCCACGUGUCGACCCGCAUGCCUUCCGACUCAGAUGACUCCAUCACCAAAAAGCUCCGUCACUUGGGAAAUGAUGAAGUGCACAUCGUGUGGUCGGAGCACACGCGGGAUUACAGACGAGGAAUCAUUCCCACCGACUUUGGAGAUGUCCUCAUCAUCAUCUACCCGAUGAAAAACCACAUGUUCUUUGUUCAGAUCCUGAAAAAAACCCAGGUUCCUUUCUUCGGGCCUCUGUUCGACGGGGCGAUAGUGACUGGAACGCUGUUGCCCAGUCUGGUUCGGGCCACGUGCAUCAACGCAAGCAGGGCCGUGAAGUCUCGACUGCCGCUCUACCAGAGUUUUUAUGAGGAGAGAGCUCUCUACCUGGAGGCCAUCAUUCAGAACCACAAGGAGAACAUGACCUUCGAGGACUUUGCUGCCCAGGUCUUCUCUCCCUCCCCCAGCUUCUGGCCAACCGGAGGAGCAGGUUCCCUCAGCGGCAGCACGAGCGCUGACCUCAGUGUUACCGCGAUGACCGUCGACUCCGGUGACCAGGUCUCUCCGACGAUACCGCGCGCAUCCAAACACCGUGUGUCCGGGAAGCUCCGCCGCUCGGCCAGCGCCAUCAGCAAAUCCUCAAACUGAACUCGGCGUCCUUAAACAACGUGCUUGAAUGUAUUAUCUGACUGGAAUGUGACUUUUAUUUGUGAGAUGCAACUGUCACUAUAUUAUGUAAAUGACGUGCGGAAAGAAAAACCAAGAGAAUCAUUUAUUCGGAAGAAAAGGACUUUCAUAGAAACGCCGCAUUCAGAAGUCAAAUAAAACGUUUGAAAAACACUCACUUUACUUCAUGUCAAACACUGGUGAACGUGGGAGAGACUUUGGUGUCGUCCCAGCACUGAGACGCUUUUUUGCCAGUCUGAGAGAACACUGACGCUCUCGAAUCAUGGAAAGAGAGAGCGUCAGCUUUUACUACUUUAAUAACGUGUAACCAGUGACGUCUUUCAAAGCAAUGAAAUCAUGUUUUCUUUUCUUUCUUCGCGUUAUAAUUACUUUUAAGCAAGUGCUUUGAUUGUUUUAUGGCAUUGAUUUAUGAAAAGGCACCUGCCGUUUGUGAUUGGGUCGAGGUGUAGCAUGAAUGUGCUUCUUAAUUUGGGAUUUGAACCCGUUCCUGUCACGUGAAUCGACUCUAACAUUCCAAUGUUUUUGCACUCUCAGUGGUGAAGAUGCCGUCGCUUCUUCUUUUCUUCCCUCUGUGUUUGGAUGUACUGUACGUUGCUUUCAUUUUGAUUUGAUUUGAUGAUAUACUUGUGUCAUGUUGUACAUACAGAGGAGGCGCCUCAGGUAAAGCCCAACUCUGGCUGUGAAUGAAGGGAUCCUCACGGUGCAACUGGGACCAGUCUGUAGGCUUUUUCUUUGUGUUUCCCCUCCGCAACUUUAAUUGAUCCCACACUUCCUGACGAGAGAAAGAUCCGCGCGAGUAAAUUGAAUGAGAUUGUCUGUUUGGUGAGAGCUGCUUCUGUGUGAUUAGAUGCUGGAUGGGGGAUCUUUUCCACCUGCUUCCCCGAUUCCCACGUGCCUCUCCGAGUGCCCUUUACCAUACCAGCAGCAUCUCUCUCUCUCUCUAUAUAUAUAUAUAUAUCUCACUCUCUCCCUUUCUCUAUCUCUCUCGCUCGCCAACGCCCUGACGCCGUAGAGACCGGCCUGGUUGCCACGGAGACCAGGUGUCACACACUGCAAGCUCCGCCCACGCUGCAACAGGACACGUGUUGCGCCACUUUGCCUUACCUGAACACUUGUCUUUAAGCCGGACACUUUCCCCCUCUCUUCCAAACGCUAAGUAACAUAGGAGGCGUUCUCUGAGUGCACCGAAUGAUGAAGCUGACGAAUGUAUGCAAACGGGCUGAAAAUACUGCAACUAGCCCCACUUCUGUUUGAGAACGAUGCGUUCAUUGUAGACUUUGUUGUUAGCCUUGUAUAUUGUGUCUCUUUUUUUCUUGUUUUUGUUUUUUGAAUGUUCUAAAUUCUGAAGGAUAUAAAUAUAAUAAUGCCUGUAAUAUAAUCUUUGUAAAAGACAUUGGAUAAGGAAGCUUGAAGAUUUCAUCAUGACUUGUUAACAUAUCAGACUGUUUUUAAUAGAAAAAAGUAAUCGCUUUAUCUUUACUAGAAAUGUGAAGAAGUCGAAACAUUUCAUUAAAUCGAUUUGAAGUUCA